CUCCGCACACUCAGCUGAGUGCCAAAUGUGCUGCAAGCCCCCCCAACAGACGAGUGUGCGUUCCGUACAUCACACACGGACGGAGAGGAGGAGAGAAGCAAGUUGAGCCGGCUCCAUCAUCACAAGCGCCCACAGUCCGGCGGGAGCGCGCGCGGCACUCAACCAAGUGGCUUCGGCUCCGCAGAGUGGAAAGUUGUCAGGAGCGGCGAUCAUGCACGUGUGACUGGACUUCCACCGAGUGUUGGGACUCGAGCGGAUAAACAUCACGGGAGUGCGCGCGCGCACGCGCGAGUGGACCAAGCUGCGCCGAACGAAACAGACGCAGCAGGCGUUGAUGAUUCCACGCUGCCGCGGAGGAACGAGACUGCAAUGACCGUGCUUUACGUCAUCUUUUGCCUUAUGGCCUCAGCCGCCACCCGAGCAGCCUACUUCUCCCAGCAGCCUCAGGACCAGGUGGUGGCGUCUGGGCAGUCGGUGACUCUACCAUGUGUCAUCGUGGGCUACCGGGGCAUGGUGCAGUGGACCAAAGAUGGACUGGCUUUGGGCGGAGAGAGAGACCUACCAGGCUGGACGCGUUACUCCUUAAUGGGCGACCCGCUAUCCGGCGAGCACAGCUUGCUGAUCGAUUCGGCAGAGCUGGUGGACGACGCCGUGUACGAGUGUCAGGCGACGCAGGCGGGCCUGCGCUCCCACGGUGCCAAACUCACUGUACAAGUCCCUCCUUCGGACCCCGUGGUGGAGGGGGGCCCCGUCGUGCGCCUCAAAGCCCACACGCCGCACAACCUCACCUGCAGAUCCUACGGAGCCAAGCCUGCCGCGGAGAUCACCUGGUACCGAGACGGAGAAGUCAUGGAGACUGCCAUUUACUCCAAGACCCUGAUGGAAGACGGGAAGAGGGAGGCAGCUGUCAGCAUGCUUCCAAUCAUCCCAGAGGACAGCGACACCGGCCGCACCUACACCUGCAGGGUUCUCAACCCAGCUGCCCCCGCCGGGAGACAGACAUCCGUCACUAUAAACGUCCAGCACCCUCCAUCCGUGGUUUUAUCAGUGCAGCCUCAGACUGUGACCGAGGGCGCCAAGGUUCUCUUCAUAUGCACUGCUUCAGCCAAUCCCGAAAUCAUUGGCUACAGGUGGUCUAAAGGAGGAGUGCCCAUCUCUGAGGCGAACGGCGACAGUCUUGAGGUGACAGUGGACUAUUCCUACUUCACGGAUCCGGUUUCCUGCGAGGUGUCCAACUCGGUGGGAAGCACCAACGUUAGCACCUUGGUUGAUGUUCAGUUUGGCCCCAGAUUGCUGUCGGGGCCAAAGCCAAUGACAGUGGAUAUCGGGAUGGAUGUAGCAUUCACUUGCACGUGGACUGGGAAUCCUCCUCUGACGCUGGCUUGGACCAAACAGGGCUCAAGCGAGGUGCUGAGUAACAGUAACACCUUGCAGCUCAAGUCCGUGACCCAGGCGGAGGCAGGGACUUACACGUGCAAGGCCAUUGUUCCCCGCAUCGGAGUUGCAGAAAGAGAUGCCACUCUGACUGUAAACGGCCCUCCUAUCAUCACAGCGGAGGCCACACAGCAUGCAGCGAAGCACUCCAAGGGCAAACUGGAGUGCCGGGUGGGAAGCAGCCCGCCGCCUUAUAAGAUCGUGUGGUCCUUCGGCGACAUCAGCCUCUCCUCCGGUUCCUCUGGUCGCUACUCGGUGCAGACGGUAGCCAGCGACCAAGGAGUCGUCUCCUCUCUGGUGCUCUCCGAGACUCUGGCGCCUGAUUUUGAGCUGCGCUACAACUGUACUGCUUGGAACAACUUCGGCACUGGCACCGCCUUGGUCACACUCAAGGAACAAGAAGCCACACCUAUGUUGUUAAUUGUUGGCGGAUCAGUAGGCGGCGGCAGUGUCCUGCUCAUUUGCGUCAUCACGCUGGUCUCCAUCUGCUGCAGGCACACAGGCAAAGGUGAGCUCAACGGCAAGAGGUGUACCCGCCUCUCCAAGAGUGACAUCAGAGUUCAAAUUGUUCACAGCGAUCACAAUGCCACACGAGGCAAUGACGAUGAGGAGGAUGUCAAGGAGCCGAUGGCUCCAAAUAGCAGCGAGUCUCCUGGGACGUCUCGCACAGAACACAGUGAUCUCUUGGAAGAAGAGGAAGAUGAGCGAUCGGACAUCAAGGAUCCCACCAAUGGCUACUACAACGUGCACGGCCACGAAGAUCGACACAUACGCGGCGGCGGCUUCUCGGAGUACGUUCCCAACCCUCGGCCCGUAUACACACCAUCUCAGCUGCCCUCGCCGAGCCCCAUGUACGGCCAACGCGGCACCCAGCCGCGGGUCUACGACUUCGCCCACCGGUACGCCACCAACACGGUCACCCAGUCUGCAUAUGAGCAGCAGCAAGCCGGCCAGCAGCAGCCAUCUCAACCGGCCACCAUUUAUCCCACCGAGCCCGUCUACAGCGGCUCCGCUUACCUGCCGGCGACGUACGGCCGCGCCUUCACCAAUUACGUCAAGCCGGCCUCUUACGAGAAAGUGGACGUGUACGACCAGUCCGACGAGGCCAGCAAGGUGUCCGGCUCGUCCCGCUUCUCUUACGCCUCGUCACAAGUGUCCUCCCAACAGUCAGACUAUGGCCGACCCUCCCAACGGAUGCAGACGCACGUUUGACGAGGCGAGGGGCGUUGGAAAUCAAAAGAACAGAAGCAACGAGUAGUUAACUACAUCAUCGCCACAUACACGCGGGAGAACUAACACGAACAGAGACGUUCUUAACGUCGGACAAGUAUUAAGAGGAAGUCGCUACAAGCCGUCGGCGUGGCAAAGGGAGGGAUCGUCGAUGAUGCGAAACACAGCUGCAGAUCUCAGCUGAUCGUGGUGUUCAAGUCAAACUACUAAUUCAAGAGCGAUAUCUCACCAGUCUCUCACUGCAUGAUUGACCACACACGUGGAGAUGGCAGCUCGCCGGACUAUAAAAACAGAUCAACCUGAUGACUGGGGUACGGCUGCAUUCAAGAGUUGACUCCGCGUCACUGCUAAAUGUGAAGCGUCUGCAAGAGGAAGCUCCCACAGCAUAAAACGGACAUGAACAAUUUACCUUCAUCUGUCUUUUGCGGUUUUUGGUUGGCAUGCGAAAGGAAUACGAAGCACAUUUGUGUGUCGGUUACCAACAACAGACUGAGCUAGCCACAGAAACAAACUAACCUGCGCAAUGGUGGAGCUGAGACUGACCUGGAUCCCAGAAAACAACCGGAACACAAAAUAUGAAAACAAGUUGAAUUUUAGCCUUGAAGAACUAUACGGGAAUUGUGUGUUUUAGCGAGGCGGCAAAUGUUAAGUCCAUAAAAACCCAAAGAUGGUGACCAUUUUACAGGGUUGGGGUCCGAGUACUGCAUUCCUUGUACCCUGGUACUGUUUCCGACAGUGUUUUGUGAUUGCGGAGCAGGGGGAAGUAGAGUAAUACCAGAACAAUCAAAUGUUGUCGUUUGGUGGCAAUCUUGAACUUGAACUAAACUUGAAUGCCGCGUCAGGUGGGGCAACGUGCCAGGCAGUCAUCACACGGACGUUUUACAUCUUAAUCAACUGGUCUCAAAAUGUUUACAAGAAACAGUACUACCCUGGAAAUAUCUGUACAAAAUGGCCCAAGCCCAUGUUUUCUCUCUGUUGCAUGCAAAUGAUGUGUCUAGUGAAAACCUUUAGAGUCCUGUCCAUUUCAUGUUUGAGACACGUUUGUUUCUGCACCUGGCUCAGUUGCGUUCUACCUUGUGGAUGUUUCAGUAUACGAUGCCUGUACUGCCAUUUGACGCUUGUUGCCAGGCAGCCUGACGAGAACAACUAAAACUUGAUAGUGAGGAGGCAAAAAUCAUCGCUUGUCUUUAUUUUUAUAUUUUGUAUAAGCCUUAAUGUACAGCGUGUAAGCUGCUCUAUUGUAAAAUAUCUUUAUAUAAUAUGUAUCUAUCUUGGUUGGUUGAUUGAUUUGGAUCCACAGAUUUUCUUGCUUACUUUACGAAUCACUGAAUGUUUUUUGUUUGUUUGUUUGUUUAUUUUAUCGCAACUUAUUUCCAUUUGCUUGUUCAUUUAUUUUAAUCAUGUAUUCUGAAUUUUAUUUGCUAAAAAUAAGCUACCACUGCUUGUAUCUUUGUACACAUAUUUAUAUUGAAAUAAAAGCAUUUCCCAUGAA